AGAGGGAGAGGGAGAGAGAGAGACGGGGGAAGGAAAACUUUUUCUUUCUUUUUUUUCGACAGAAGGAGGGGUGUUGUGGGGAAAUGCUCGGCGGACCGUGAAGCGUAACAGCAAGGAGAGGGACAAAGACGCACAUAGCGGGACGAACUGCGACAGAUAGAAACCUCUUCCAACUUGAGGGGGGGGAAAAAACAAAAACACCGGAAUGCGUGGAUGGAUGUUAAAAGUGGUAGAGCUGGGAAGAGGAGUCGAAACCAACAAUGGCAAGAAGAGAUGAGUUCAAGUGUACAAAGUGAGCUGGGGACAAUAACUGUGGUUAACUCUGGAUAGCCCUGCGGCGCGUUUCAAUGUCCACCUCGGAUCUGCACCGGCGGCGUGGAGCACACACAGGCUGCACUUUGGAGUACGAGUCCCCACUUUUUGGACGGACGUGCUUCCCGGAAUGACUGUUACUGCGCUGUCUCUCUGUCUUGGAGCCACGCGUGGUGAAUUUCCUGAGUCAGAUCCUGUUGCGAGGAUCACCGCAGGAGGAGGAGGAGGAGGAGAACUUAACUUACGUGCAAGUUCGUGGAUCAUUUAUAAAGUGUAUUCCCCAUGUAUGGAAUUCUUGUGAACUUCAGUCUGAGAGAUUCAAUGUGUAAAUCGUCCUGAUCCUAAUGUGCUGGAGGAGAAAGUUCACGCCACCGAACUAGAACUCCAUCCAAGCAUGAAAUGUUGGUGCAGCGCCCUGGCACUUCUCCCAUGGGUGCUGGUGGCCUUAGAUGCCCAGCUAAUCUGCUGGCAGGCGCUCCUUCGGUGCCACGACGAGCCCGAGUGCGAGCUUGCGUACAGUCAAUACAUAGCAGCUUGUGAGGGCAACAUCAGGGGGACGAGGAGGCAGUGUCCGAGCCACUGCAUCAAUGCGCUGAUACGGCUCAACCACACCCGCAGCGGGCCAGACCUGGAGACCUGCGACUGCGCCCAGGACCUUGAGUGCCUCAGCGCCAAGCGGGCCAUAGAGCCCUGUCUCCCCCGCAGACACCCGAGCGACGCCGGCGGGAUAGGGUGCAUGGAGGCCCGGCAGCGCUGCGAGGAGGACAGCAACUGCCACACCUCCCUCACGGCCUACUUGUCAUACUGCGGGCAGCUGUUCAACGGCAGGAAGUGCUCCUCCAAGUGCAAAGCCACCAUUCAGCAGAUGCUGUUCAUCCCAAACGGCGUGCUGCUGAACCGCUGUGUUUGCGAUGGGGUAGAGAGGCCUUUCUGUGAAGUGGUCAAGGAGAACAUGAGCAAACUUUGCUCCAUAGGAGACCACACUGUUAUUUCAGACCAGCCUGAUGUGGAUGACAUGUAUGAGGAUGAAGACUAUGACCCUAAAAAUGACAGAGAGGAGGUGUAUACCGAUUCCUCUGCUUCCCAGAGGUUGGCCAGCUGCACGACACUCCUGUUUCUUCCUCUGGCACGGAUAUUGUACUGAGAUGAUUGAAAUAAUUGUUGGAUUUAAGUCCAGCUGGAGUUGGUGUGGGAACCCAGAUCUGCUGGAGAAGGGAAGCUAUGUAUUUCUUCACCCCCAGGCCUCUCUGCCAUCCUAUUUUAGUUGCAGGGCGACAGUGAGUGAGCACAGUAGUCAUUUGUGUAGGCUUUCCACAACCGUACAAUUUACAUAGUAGUAAUUCUUCCUGCACAUCUCACUCAGGAAAACUGCUUCUUUUAAAAAAAAUAUUUGUGAUUCAAAUCGUCACACAUGGCCUUACAGUAGUGUGUGGGUGAACUGCUCACUUGUGAAGCUGAAGGUCUCAAACCUGUUGUCACAAACAUACUUUGAGGUGAUGUGAGAGGAAGUGAACCAUGCCACACUUUGUUGCAGGGCAUUGCCAUUCUGUGUGCCUUUAACCAGCUCCUGUUUGUUUGGUUUCAAUGGUACUUUGGAGUGUGGCUUUAUUAAGACUUUAGACAAACAUUGGACCCAUCCAGUCUCUGUUUGCUCUGCUCUCCAUUUCAGGGGCCUCUGCAUUGUUGCAGCAACCACACUUCAAAUAUUUGUGGGAACAGUCAAAAGGACAGGCAAGGGUGUGGGAUCAAGUACUGAAAUUAACUGAAGGCCCCUCUCCAGCACUCUGUCUGGGGCCCCUCCCCCAUGUGAGAUUGUUUUAUUGAACUUUUCCUAAGACAACGCCCCCACCCCUCACGACC